CGUCUGCUUUGACGUCACCAGGACGAAGGACACAACAAACCGCGCACAGGAAGGACACAACAAACAGGCUACGCAAACAAUUAUUCGCCAUUAGGACACCGCUAUGAAGCUAACUCUGCGAAGGUACUCCUGGGUGCUUCUGUUCCAGUUCGCCCUUUUGGGAGGUGACCUCUUUUUCAAUGCAUUUGGGCCUUCGCUGGCCAGAAACCGAUUGCAGACAGCGAUUUUUUUCUUUGUUUACCACAGCAUUCAGGACACUCUCAUCAUUGCGGAGUACCUGCUGUUCACUCUUACGCUGCACUCAACGUGUGUGUACCAGGUCGGUGCCUCUCACAUAAUCCUGCGGAACUGCAAGCUCUUCAUGGCCAGCAUUACCAUCUACUUCCUUUUGUCCGCCUCGCAGCACUUCUGGAUAAUCUACCAAUACCGACAGCCACCAGGGGAAGAUGGUCAGCACUGGCCGUUGGGUCUGAUUGCUUUGUCAGUAGGUCAACGAAUCAUGUCGGUUGUCUAUUACUACAGCUCCAAAUCGACGGCUCUGACCAUGGCGGAUCCUCGCUUCAAGGAGGAACACCUGGAUUGGAUCGCAGACCAGCUGGGCGAUAAGUAAUGAAGCAAUUAAAAGCGAUUUGUUUAUUAUAGCUAGGAAGUACUAAGUGAAUGAAAAAGACGUGAAGGGUACCGGCGCAUUAAUUAUAAUUCUAUUCGGUUAACUCUGUAUAUAAACAAUUAAAUACAUUAAUUAUUUAAAUAGUG